AUGGCAUCCCCACAGUUGCUGUCGAUUUCCCCAUUUAAUAUCCAAGAUGAGUUCAACUUGUCCAACUUUACCGUUGAACAGGUACGCGAACUCCUGACACAGUAUACGGAGGAGACUGGACAAUUCUUCGCACCAGAAGUCAUCGAAAUAUUUCACAAACAGACGGGCGGACAGCCUUUCCUCAUCAACCGAUUCGCCCAGAUUCUCACGGAGGAACUCGAAAUACCUAAAGCCGAGACCAUUACCAUGGCGCACUUCAGCGAGGCUUAUGUGCAGCUCCUCGACGAAGACAACACCAACAUUUCGCAUCUGCUCACCAAUAUCCGCAGAGACCCUCGCUUUGAAAGUUUCCUCAUGAGGAUUGCCUCCUAUGAUAAAGGCAUACACUUUAGUCGCGACAACGAAAUCAUUGCCGAACUUGCUACUUAUGGCGUUAUCACAAAAGACACACAUAGAAUGUGUAAGAUUAACAUCGAUUGGGCAAUGUGGUUUGUCCGUGAGGUUGAAUCUGGCAAUCUGAUGGUGAACUGGGCCACACAGUGGCGUGCGGACCUGAUGCCAUACGGCGGUGUCAGAAAGAGCGGUAUGGGCAAAGAGGGACCGAAGUCCGGCAUAGAAGAGAUGACCGAAUUGAAGAUGGCAAUCUUCCACUUGGAUAGUUAG